UUAAGACGCUUUUACGGGUAUACCCUUAAAAUCUCACUUAAUUCACAAAAAGAAACCAACAGCCCUAAAUCACUCUUUUUUAGUUCUAUCGUCGACGCCGUCCAUCACCGUCCGUCAUAUCGCCGCCGCAAAUGCAGGCAGAGGGUUCUGUAAAUUUUUACAACAAUGGAGUACGUAAACCCAGAAGGUCUUCGAUUAGAUGGUCGCCGAUUCAAUGAGAUGAGGCAAAUCGUAGCUGAAGUUGGAGUGGUUUCUAAGGCUGACGGUUCUGCUGUUUUCGAGAUGGGCAAUACCAAAGUAAUUGCAGCUGUCUAUGGUCCAAGAGAGAUUCAAAACAAGAGCCUGCAAAAAAAGAACGACCAUGCAUUGGUGCUGUGUGAGUAUAGUAUGGCUCAGUUUAGUACUGGUGAUCGUAGAAGACAAAAAUUCGACAGGCGAUCAACAGAGCUAUCUCUUGUUAUCCGUCAGACAAUGGAAGCGUGCAUAUUAACUGAAUUGUUGCCUCAUUCUCAGAUUGACAUAUUCCUUCAGGUUCUACAAGCUGACGGAGGAACAAGAUCAGCUUGUAUCAAUGCCGCGACUCUAGCUCUAGCAGAUGCUGGAAUUCCAAUGCGCGAUCUCGCUGUGUCUUGUAGUGCUGGAUACUUAAACAGUACUCCUCUUCUUGAUCUUAACUAUGUCGAAGAUAGCGCUGGAGGAACUGAUGUAACCGUUGGUAUUUUACCUAAAUUAGACAAAGUGACACUCCUUCAGAUGGAUGCGAAGUUACCCAUGGAAACAUUUGAAACGGUGUUUGCAUUGGCUUCUGAAGGUUGCAAGGCAAUUGCAGAGAGAAUACGCGAGGUACUUCAAGAAAACACCAAACAGCUAGAGUAUCGCCGAGCUGCAUGAACUUGAUAUAGUGUUUAGAGAAAAACAUGACGCUGCGAGAUUUUUGUCAAUUAGAUUUUGCUGCUGAUUUUGGAAGUUGGUUAUCAAAAACCGGGAAUUAUCCUAACCUCAAAGCUUGUAGUGCAAAGUUCUGCUCUUUUUGGUUAAAAUGGUUUUAUUCUUGUUGUUGAUCUAUUCGGCAAGCCAACUUUGAUCUAUAUAAGAUUUAUAAAGUUAUAACAGAUUCAGUAA